AGUUAUGUAAACCUGAGUAAUUUCCAAUAAUUAAAGCAGUAAUGGAGGAACAAGGCUUCAACAUUAAAUACCUCAUAAUUGGAAUAUUAUGCACACUUCAAAGUGUUGGAGUCUAUGAACACUUUGUCAAUAUGGAGACCAACAACUGUCAAAUGACCUACAUGUAUGAGAUCCCUCAGUACAUAAGCAUUGAGUUACCUGCUGAACUGUCCUCAAACUUCAGUCGCUUUGGCCUCUACGUCUAUGGUGAAGGCCAACAAGCUGUGGCUUACGAGAAAGGUCGUUUUGAUGGCCAGCCUGUACUCUACAUCCCAGGCUCAGCAGGUUCCUACAAACAAGUUCGGUCUGUGGCUUCUGUUGCCUACCGGAAAUCCCUAGAUGAUGAUGCAAAAGUUCAUUUUGAUUUCUUCACUGCUGAUUUGUCAGAAGAUUUUAGUGGAUUCUAUGGGCCUGUGCUCCAAGAACAGACAGACUUCAUUGCAGCUGUCAUCCCCCUCAUCCAGAAGCUCUACCUCAGCCCCAGACCCACCAUCCUCAUCGGACACUCGAUGGGCGGUCUGGUGGCGCGCGGUGUGAUGGCUCACGGGGUGACGGCGAGCUCCGUGCCUCUCAUAGUGACGCUCGCCACGCCACAUGUGUUCCCUUUCACACCCUUUGAUGCUCACAUUCAACAAUACUAUGAAAAGGUGAACGUACACUGGGCGCUGGAGAAGGCCGGGGACGGGGAGCUGUCUGACGUGACCGUGGUCAGCGUCAGCGGGGGACGCAACGACGUCCUCGUCUCAACACUCAGCGCCGCCUCGCCCUUCUCCCACGUCACCUCCGUCGCCUCCGCCGUGCCUGGAUGCUGGGCAACGACAGACCAUCUGUCCAUCGUGUGGUGCAAGCAGCUGGUGCUGGCGCUGGUGCGGGCGCUCUUCGACAGCUACGACGCCCGCAGCAGCGCCCUCUAUGCUUCUAAGACCAGGAUCACCGCUGUCUUCGAGUAUCAUCUGCUGACAGUCCCGCUUAUGGGCCCAGGCAACAAGCAGCACACGGCGGUGGUCAGGGUGCGGGGCCUGGACGAGAAAGAUUGGGUCUUUGCUUGUGCUGCGACUGAGAUCAACGGAACCCUGGCCUGUACGUCGGGCAUGAACCUGUCGAAGCGCGGGCGCCUGCUGGGGGGCGACUCAGACGCGUCCAGGGCCAAGGUGGUCGAGGCGCUCCUGCCGGCGCUGGUACACGAGGGCUACUCGCACCUCGGUGUCAGCGUGCCUCCUUCUGAGCAUCCGGUGACGGUGAGUGUGGACGUACACGGCGAGGGCGAGCGGCGCGUGGCUGUGGCGACGCCUCGCCUCGUGUCCUCCUUCAAGCCCACCACCGUCCUCCAGUCCACCGCCACCCGCGCCCUCGUCACUGAGGUCGUCCUAGAGGGCCUCAAUGAGCCCUGGCACUCGUACGACCUGUCGGUGCUGCCCAGCUCCACCUGCCCAGUCAAUGCUCCGUCUGGGCCUCCGCCCCCUCAGCUCUGGGUCUCCUCCUACACCUCCAGCGCCAUCGCUCUCGCCCCUCACAGGAUAUCGGGCAAGAGUACGUCUAUCGUUUGGAACAGGACGAGAUCGCCCUCCUGCCGUCAGGUCCUGACGGUGACUCGGCAGCUCCUGAGCGAGGUGACCACUGUGCAGCUGUUGCUGGAGCCGCGCUGCAUCUGUGUGAGGACCAGUCUGCAGGGCACCUUCAGGCGGCUUUCCCUGUACAGCGGCCAGAUGCCCGCCUUCAUUGUCUGUCAUAUGCUGCUAGCUUUAGCCAUGCUGAAGAGCGUUAGUGACAAGCGAUAUUGUCCGUCUGUGAUGACGAGCCUGCUCGCCUUGUCGCCCAUGCUUGUGGUGCCUUUCGUCAAACUUUCAUUCGCGGCUCUCAAGAAGCUCGAGAUUUUCAACGACCAGCAGAUGCUUUCAGAAUCUGGAAUGAACUUGGGGUUAUUGCCUAUUGCCUUGGCAUGGAUGCCGUUAACGUUGUUGCUUUCGGGUGGUGUGUGGGUAGGUAUCUUGGCAGCUGGUAACGCGUUAUACUCAACUGUCGUCAGAAUAUUUUGAGGAAGAUUUGGGGCUGACGAGGUGGUGGUGGACAUCGCCCUAACUGGGCUCUCUAAGGUGCCCGCUGUAGUGGCCGUGGCUUUGCUUGCUGUCGCCUUCAGCACAUGCGGGGCUCUAGCUUUAUCUCUGGCAUCUCUUUAUUACUUCAAUAACCUCUUUGACAUGUACAAAGAUUAUCUGCGUAUAAGCAGAAAGCUUGGAAUGCAGCUGCGCAUGACGCUGCUGCUGUGCGUCAUGGCGAGUCUGUUGCAGCUGCCAAGUCUCAUCACGUGGGCCAUGCGCAUCAAACAGGGACACGCUCUCUCUGCCGUGGACCCAUCGCUGCCUCCCAGCGUCGCCUGCCUCGUGUCGCUCGCUGUGCUGUGGCAGUGCUCGCCUGUCCAUGAGCGUGUGGUGGUGCCUUAUGUGGGGCGUGUGGUGGUGCCUUAUGCGGGGCGUGUGGUGGUGCCUUAUGCGGGGCGUGUGGUGGUGCCUUAUGCGGGGCGUGUUGUGGUGACUGUGAGUGUGGACGUGCACGGCGAGGGCGAGCGACGCGUGACUGUGGCGACGCCUCGUCUCGUGUCCUCCUUCAAACCCACCACCGUCCUUCAGUCCACCGCCACCCGCGCCCUCCUCACUGAGGUCGUCCUAGAGGGCCUCAAUGAGCCCUGGCACUCGUACGACCUGUCGGUGCUGCCCAGCUCCACAUGCCCAGUCUCCGCCCCCUUAGCUCUGGGUCUCCUCCUACACCUCCAGCGCCAUCGCUCUCGCCUCUCACAGAUGUGUNGUCUGUUGCAGCUGCCAAGUCUCAUCACGUGGGCCAUGCGCAUCAAACAGGGACACGCUCUCUCUGCCGUGGACCCAUCGCUACCUCCCAGCGUCGCCUGCCUCGUGUCGCUCGCUGUGCUGUGGCAGUGCUCACCUGUGCAUGAGCGUCUGUUCUACAAAGCCCUUGGUCAUCUCAUCCACUUCCUUGCCGUUUUGGUGCUGCUCUUCGCCGCCAUCAGCUUCUACAAACUGCCGUACUUCAUCGCUGCAGCGCUGGGACUGGUCGCCCUACAUCAGCUCUUCGCACCGGCCAAGGCCAUCGAUGAUAAAAUCAAGACACAAUAGAAUCAUGUUCUACGGAUGAAUGUUGGGCAUUUUUUCAGUGUGUUUUUUUCCGUUCAAUUCGUGAGACAUUGAUACAUUUGGUCUCAAAUGAAAUUUCAGUUAUGUAUGCCUCACUGUCUACCUUAUUUUGUUGAUUUCUAGAAGUCUGCACGUGGUAUUGGAUAGAUUUGUUGACAUGGUGACCAUACCAUGUCGUCGAAACGGGAAUUUGGGCUUUAUUGUACAAUUUUCGGAUUUUUGUUAUAUUGUUGAUUUAUGAAAAUUGUAUAAGUUUUAUUCUGGGAAAAAUGUCGAGUCAGUUAGACUGUGAUUAACAUUCCAGUUACGGGUUAGAUUUCAGUUAGAACGAGAAAUGACAGACAACUGAUUUUUCGGUCGGUUAUUUUUCGUUUCAUUUUUAUUAGAUAAUGUAGCGUCAGCCGUGGUGGCAUUUUCAAAGAAGCAUCUGUAGACGUGGCAUUCACUUUGGUCUCUAAAAUUAUGCCUUCUUAAACCUACAAUUCCAUCUUGAAUUUCCGAGUGUUUUUACACGCUUAAAAUGUAAAUAAAUUUCAGUGAAUGCGUUACAUAUGAUAGCAACUGUUUUGAAGUGGCUUAGCGGGCCCAUCGUCCACUGAUUAAUUUCUACUGACAUGUUCACCCAAUCCACUUCUUGUCCUAGAGGAAACCUAGCAUUCCUGAGUUUCUGCAUUUAUUAUUUAUAUUAUAGUAAACUUAGUACCUACUUCUUAUACGACAUGCAUAGGGAAUCGGAUGUUUCUGACUCUUGUUCCUGUCAUGUAUUCUGAGCUGACGUAUAAUUUUAACUCGCGACCUAUUAUCCUUUACCUGCUUCUAAAUUUAUAUUCAGGAAAUGUUGACUUUAUGUUAAACUUGAUACAAAACAUUUGAUUGUCUUAUGCGAAAAUAUUUUCAUGGGAAGGAAGCAGUUGUCUCGGUUGCGUGAGUUUAAAGACGCAAAGUUGGUGCACUUUAAGAUUGUUGCCAUAUUUUGAUUUCCAUUGUUGACCUCCCGCAGAUUUAUUUGUUGCAUUAGUGCCCCCGUACGCUUGAUUUAUACUUGGCCCUGAGGGUACGUGGGGUACGGGCAGCUUUGUAGUGAUACCUAUGUCCUUAAAAUCAUCAAGUGCAGGUGAGAAACGUAACUUCUUUACAGCGAGUUGCGGCAUUCAAGGAAUAAUAGAUUCUCAAAUGAUACUUUAUUACACUCAUUGAUGAAAAUAAUUUAUGGUUUUUCUAAUUUUCUAUGAUUAAUUUUAUCGUAAUUUAUUCUGGGUGAAGUAUUUCCUGAUUCUCUGAUUGAUGCCACGUUAGCCAAACCACUUUUGUUUAUCCUGUUAAUUUCUCACGUUAAAUUUUAUAAAGCAAUUCUGAAUAGAACAUUCCUUCUCUGAUUCCUGGAUCGAGUAUAGGCCGCAUUGCAUUUAGUAUUGAAAAAAUUCCUAUACAAAUUCGUAUUAAUAUUUUUAUGUUUUUAUUUUAUUCUAAGUGUACAGAGAAACAUUUGGCGUUUUUAUGAUAGUUUUAUCCUACCAUUUCUGUUGAUGAUCAUUAUUAAAUAUUGGCAACUGAGGCAUAGUGCGUCUGUAUAUUGCAAACAAUUCCCACGGUCAUUUAACUUGCAUUUAUAAAUACUUGCUUCUUCCUUCGCUGAAGCUGGAAUAGCGUGGCUGGAACCCUUUACUAGCUAUGGGCUCAGCUCUUACGAAGAAUUUUAAAUGUUCUUUACCACUGAAUUGAGUUUCGUUAUUCAGUAUGAAUUGAUUUGCGUGAUGCAUUGGCAGCUCAGCCGUGGGGUUAACAUAUCUUAGUUGUCUCUGAUUAAUUGUUGUAAUUGACAUUGCGUUGAACGUGGCUCCUUCGAGAAAAAUCAAAAAUAAUUAUCACAUUAGUUCAGUCUGCAACAAGAUUUGUGUUCUUUGUGUUAAAGCAAUUUAUGUCUACUACUUUGGACAUAUUAUUUUUUAGCUAAUUGCUUAAAAAUGUUAUACUUCGAGUCGCUCUAAAGUGAUGUCGUGAUUGGAGCAGCUGUCUGUCACUGGACAGAAAAUAUUCGUAGUGAAGCAGAGUUCCGUUUACCCGACCUUAUCACAUACGAGUAUUUGAAUUUUAUCUCAAAAUUAAGAAUCUUCGUUUCAUCACUGAGUGAAAGGUGUUUUGUUAGCUGCAGUGUUGAAGUAUAUAUCUCCAAGUCAUUGACAUAAGAUUAUAUCACUAUUAUAUCUUUUUAUUUCUCUUAUUUAUCUGAAGUUCGUUUGUAAAUUGCUUGAUCCAGGCUCUGUGUCCACGUGUUAACCGAUGCACGUGAACUGAGCAUAGGUACCCCUCAGGGGGGACUUCUGACGGGUGUCUGUGCUCGU